GAGGCGGUGGCCGCGUGUGCUUGGGUUUGACUGUUCAAAAUAACGACAAUCGCGAAAAACGUUAGGCGGCCAAACGUGUCCGGCUCAACAGAAAGGAUUAAUUUUAUUUUAUUGACAGCUACGCAGGCGGAGUUUAAGACGUCAAGAUCGCUUUUCCCGUGAAAUAUCAGAAGCCCGCAUUGGAGAAUGACCAGCUGAGGUCUCUGAAGCAUCGGUUUGUACUCCUUAAGCAUCAGUGAAGAUGAGUUGGCCCGGGGAGGACUGGACCGUGGGUCUGACGGGUCAUGUCCUGCAGAAGGUGAAGCAGCUUCAGGCGCAAAAUGAGAAGUUGAACAAGGAAAGACAGCAGAGACAACUACAGCUGGACAAUUCGGCAGUAGCGCUACACAAACAGAAGCUAAAGUAUGAGGAGGUGCGUGUGGAGCUGGCUGUGGUUCAGAGGGAGCUGGGAGGAGUGCGUGAAGCAGCGCAGACGGAGGUGCAGAUCAGGGAGCGGCUGGCUCAUGACCUGCAGGUCAAAACGGGCCAAGUGAACUCGCUGGAGGGCCAACUCGAUUCUGCCAAAAACCUGACACAAAGUCUCACGCAAGAGAUUAAACGACUCGAGGCAGAGCUGGAAAAGCUGCAGAAGGGAAAUGGCUCUGGGGAUUCCAUGUUAUUUUCCACACCUUGUUGGAACAUGAGCUCUCCCCGGGACUACACCGGUGGUUUCAAAGCAGAGGGUGAUAGCAAAACACAGCAUGUUAGACAGCAGCUGCAGUUUGGAGACCUCCCUAAGCCUGUGGUAGGUGGGGCUUCAUCACCGUUUCCACAGCAACCACAGAAAUCCCCACCCCUUCGUCGUCACGUCCGCCAAUCGGAAGCAUCUACCCCAUCCUCAAUGUUUCCAUGGGAACGUGAUGAUUUGUGGUCCACUCCCAAAGGACGGCCAGCUUCUUCUGUGUCAUCCUGUGAUGUCGUAAAGAGCAGUGACUCGGGGAUAGAAGAAGCUUUGAGAAACGAGAUCGAUGGUCUACGUGUACGAGUAUCAGACCUGCAGCGUAAGGCUCAGAUUGAGUCUGAGCAUUUGAAGGAUGUGGAGUCACGUCUGGCUCAGGCUAACCGAGACAUCAGCACCAAAGAUCAGAGUCUAACACGCAUACAGGACCAGCUGACCCGCGCACAGACCCGCAUCACACAGGAGACUGACCGGGCCCAGACUGCUGAGCAGAGGGUCAAACAGCUUCAGGAGGAGUUGAAAUGUCAAAGGCAAAACGCAGAAACAACUCGCUGCAAUGCAGAACAGCGCAGGAAAGACAUGGAGCGAGAGCACCAGAGGGAGCUGUUGGAGCAGCAGAGAGAGAGACAGGCUAUGGAGAAACAACAUCAGCAGGAGGUUAACAGACUCAACCAGGAGAUCCAGCAGGCCAGGGUCCUUCACAACACGCUGCAGUCCCAACAUGACAAGGUGUGUUUGCAGAAGCAGGGUCUGGAGAGAGAUCUAGAAGAGGUGAGAGGAAAACUAAAGAGCACCGAAACUGACCUGAGAGAGAGUCAGAAGAGAGAGACUCAGACUGAGUCCAAACUCAUGGAGGCGCUCAGAGAAAGCGAGACUCUCACUGUGUCUUUGGGGCAGAUGAAAAAACAGGAAAAAGCUCUGCAGGAGGAAGUGAAAAGGUUGACAGACGAGCUUGCUGAGGCCCUUAAGCUAAUAAAAGAACUGCAAGCUCAGCUGGCCGCUCCUCCUCAACCCGUUUCUGCUCCUCACUUCAGCUCCGCUGGAGACUGCUUCUCUCCCUCAAUUUCCAUCCAUCGUGACCGUUCUCCCCCAUACCACCACCCCACUCAGAAAAAGAGAGCCCCACAAACAAGCCGAACAAGAGAAGAGGAGAGGAUGAAGUACCCUUCGGGCAGAGAGCCAGGAGAGGGCAUAGAUUCGGAGCAGAUUGGGAAUUUUGGGUCUGAGGAGUCACAGAGGUUUAGAGGAAAAAGUGUCUCACUGAAACGAAGUGACACCGAUGUGGACAUCUCGCUGACUGAACAAGAUACCGGCAUAGAGGACGUGGACACAUACUCGCUCACGUCUGACUCAACCAUCGGCACAAUGUCAAAAAGUGAAGAUAUUACACGCGACACAGUGGGAAAUAUAGAAAAACGUGACACGGCGCCUCUAAAAGAUCUAAAGAAAGAGAACUCUGAGCUUCGCGAUGAACUCCGAGAUGUUAAAUACGAACUUCAGAAGCGUCUCGAAGACCUGGAGUCCCAGAGGAGGGCGGAAACGGAGGCCAGGACCAAACUCAAACAACUGAGCCGCAAACAUUCGACCCAGACAGAGCAGCAACGUGCCAAAGCACUUGAGCUCAAAGACAGCGUGGCUAAACUGGAAGUCCAGCUGGAACAGGAGAAGAAAGAGAGCACAAAACUACAAGAAGCUCUCGAUGCGUUAGAAAGAGAAGCUGAGAAGAGGCAGGAAGAAAAGGAGAAAGACCAAGAUGAAAGCACCGAGCUGAAGGAAGUCAUAGCUGAGAUGGAGCAAAAGACGACGUUUAUGGAAAAAGAAAUGGAGAGGAUGAAAAAAGAGUUGGACGACCUUCAGCUCAAGCUUGAGCAGGAACGCGAAGAAUGGGAACGGGAAAGAGAAGAGCAGAUGAAGCAGAUCCGAAAAGAGCAAGAAGAACGACUUAAGAUCACGCAGCUUCAAGAAGAGCUGGACAAUCUGAAGAGAUUCGGUCGUUUAGAAGAAAAGAUAUCAAAAGAAAAUCUUCCAGUCACUUAUUUACAACUAGGAUGCCACCCAAACACCACCAAUGCCGAAAAUAGAGACUCGGUUCCUUCUCCUGAAUCUAUAUGUGACUCUGUAAACCUUCACAACACUAUGAUCUCAAAAGAAACCAGAGCAAUGGAGCUUAUUAUGGAUCUUGGAGCACAAACAAAACCAACAGGCACAGCGAAGGAAGAAAUGCUACAGGCGAUAAACUCGGAAGCUGCAUAUUUGGACGACACUACCGUUUUAGUUUUGGAGAUCGAGCAGUUGAGGGCGGCCAAAGAUCGAGAGUCGGAUAAGGCAAAACAAGCACAAAUAAAGCUGGAAGACCUACAGAAGCAAGUGACCACUCAAACCAAGCACCUGACUCUCGCUUUUGAAAGCCAGAGCAAGAACAUCGAGAACCUGCUGGGAGAGUUGCAAGAGAAAGAGAGCGCCCUCCAGAAGCAAGAGGAGGAACUGCAGAAAUGUCAAGAGAAAAUCACUCUUCUUGAAGAAGCACAGCGCACCGGAGCAGGCGUCGUUUUUAAUGAAGAACCUUUAACGGAGAUCGCAAGAGAACUAAGCUGCGAUUCUGUUAUUAGCAACAUGAGCAUAAGCGACCAAGAAAUGUUUAAUGACAAUACGAUGCAAACGUUAAAGAAGGACUUGCUGUUUGUUGAACACAAAGACGUUGAAAAAACCAACACUAUGGAUGUAUCCGAUAAACUACAAAAGCCGUGUGAAUUAUAUGUAAAUGCAGACACUCACUGUGAACACGGUUCAUCCUCUAGUGUAAAUCCUGAAAGACGUGAACUUUCAGAGGUGUUGACGACCAAUACUGAAAACUUGCAUGUAACUAGUUCACGUUCGCAAUACCACCAGUCAAAAGUUAUUAACUUGCUACCUGACGUCCCAGAACAUUCCACAGAUGAUGAUCGUGAGCUGGAAAGGUUGGCAAAGGAAUUACAGGAAACUCGAAUUCAGCUGAAGGCUCAAAAUGAAACGCUUGGUUAUAAAGAAAACGUGGCCAAGGAAGAGCUGCUAUCUGUCAGACGAGAAAAUGAAGAGUUAAAAUUGAAACUGAGACAGCUGGAGAAUGAUGCUGCUAAAGAUGUUGCUUUCCCCAUAAAAAACACUGAAAACAGUGACGACAUAAAAGGAUUUCCAGAUGGCGCCCCCUCAGGACAGGAGGAGUCGGUUGUUUCUAAUGAAAACUCUGAAGAUGAAGAUAUGAAGGAAAGAAGAGAAACAGAUGAGAGCACAGGGUGUGCAUAUGAACGCAAUACUACAGCAGACAUUCAUUCUCUUCAAGAGCAGAUCCAGGCACUAAAAGACCAGAUCCAGAACCUUUCUGAGCAGAACCGGACACUGGCUGAAGAACUAGAGCUCUGGAAGAUCUCAGGAAUGGGAGAAGCAGAGAACAACAGCUCCCCGUCCAUCACCAUGAGAGAGUUUGAGAUUUUCCUUCCCUGCAAGUCUACCAAGCUGCAUGCACAACAGAUAGGGACCAUGAAGCACCAGCACACUACAGACCCAACACAUCUGUGUGGAUCAGAGGAUGGGAAUGAUCAGACCAGUUUAGGUGAAACACAAAUGGCACAUGAUCUGACUGAAUCUUCGAAGCCUGCUGAGGGACUUGUGACUGGAAAUAAUAAAUCGACGGACCUAGGAAACACUCCAGAAUGUGAGCGCAGGUCUGUAAACCACAGCAAUGAAACAACGUCAGAUGUAAUGACUAGUAACACUAAAGAUGGACCGUUAGAUCUUCAGCAGAUUGCCAAAGCAAACAGACAGGAAGAUGCCUUAAUCAAUGUUUCCAUUUCAAGCAAAUAUCAAACAAUGACCAAGCUUCACAAGAGCGAUCCUUCCCAGAAUUCAGACUUAUGUACUGUAGAUAAUCAGAUUGGAACUACAAAAACUGUUGCUUUGCAUAAACACGAGUAUCAUCAUGGAAAUGCAACAGAUAAACCGAACAAUAGCCAUGCUGCUGAAGUGGGUUCAGUAUCACACAGAAAUGAGUCUGCUCCGGGUCAAAAGGCUGAGGUCAGUGAGGUCACUGGAGAUCCUAACAGGACAGAGGUCCAGGGAGUCCACAGUGCGUUUACCCAAACAGAGGAGAUGGGUGACCCUUCAGUGAAACACCCUCUUAUCCACACCAGCACCCAAACUGAUAACGUACAGCUGGACACUGAUGAAGAUGAGAGUGAUGAAGAACCCACUGAAUCUCCACCUCUUUCCCCCACCCCACUGUCUGUUACAAAUCAAACGCUGUUGUCCAAGGCGUUCCCCAUGACCGACCCGGCUCACCUCGCCGAGCGCAUACGUCAAAACCGCAACCGCAUGUCUGCCGCAUAUGAUGACACAGAGUACGAACCGUACGGCCUGCCAGAAGUUGUUAUGAAAGGUUUUGCUGACAUCCCCAGUGGGCCGGCUUGUCCUUACGUCUUGCGCCGUGGUCUUCUUGGUACUGACGCAAUGCCCCUCCCACUCAAAGAAGCCACACCCCAGCAGGAUGAUGAAGACUUGGAGCCAUAGCAUUCACUUACUACCGUAGCAUAGCACACUAUUACCUCUCAGAGGUACUCUGCAUAUCUCUGCAUGCUCUCGUACAUAUGUUUGUGAGUCAUUUCAACUGGUCUUUACAGCUAUUCUAGUAUGAUUAAGAACAAUUCAUACUUUCUUGCCUAUGCUUAUGUUAAGUUUGAACACUAUUGUCUGUUUUCAUGUUUCGAUGCUGAAGGAAUGUCACGGUACCUGGGUGAUCUAAUAUUGAUGCAGGUCCAUUAGUUGUCCAGGUCAUUAUGUUUUUCUGCUUUUUUCAGAAGAUUAUAUUUUUAAUCAUUUGAAUAAUUUGGUACUCAUUGUCAUGUAAUGACUUUAGACACCAAAAUGUACUUGCAAUUACAUAAUCGCCCACCUUACUACACCAGAAACUUGUUCUUGAGUCAUAUGUUUUAGAUUUAAAAACAUUGAAGUUUUUCUUAUUUUAUCCCCAGCUAAAUUGCAAUGCCUUACUGCUUUGCUUAUACAUACUGAUGUAACAUAUUUUUUGUUUGCAUAGAGGUGGUGUUAGCCACCGUUUUAUGAGACUUGAAUUUUGUGAAUAGCCUUAUUUAUUGACAGACACUUCUUGUAGAGCUCUGUUUGUGCACUACUUUGUGAGAAUGUGUGUGUGUGUGUGUGUGUGUGUGUGUGUGUGUGUGUGUGUGUGUGUGUGUGUGUGUGUGUGUGUGUCUGUGUGUGUGUGUGUGUGUGUGUGUGUGUCUGUGUGUGUGUGUGUGUGUGUGUGUCUGUGUCCGUAAGUAAGUGUGUGUGUGGUAUGACUCAGAUCAACCUGAGCCUGUUUCCGAUCCUUGUAUGGCGAUUCACUGUCAAAGACUGUUUGUCUUUCUCUUUGUCUCUAAUAGCUUUAUAAUGCACACUGGAGUAUUUAUAUAAUUUUUCAGUUUGUAAUACAGCAUUGAAGAUGCAUUUGAUGGAUGCAUUUUGGAUUAGAUUAAUAUAUUUCAGUGAUUUUGUGUGCUCCUGUGUAUUUGUUUACUUUUUCUGUAAUUAGUUUUUUCUUUUCAGUUGAAAAUGUUUACAUUUAUUAAAUUUAGUUA